CAUUUAUGUUUUUCACUUUUUUUAAACCAUUAACUUGUGAAGCAAAUAUUUUUCUAGUUAUUUAAACAUAAUUUGAUUUGAUAGUUUAUCAAGAUUACCAGCAAUGUCAUACUAUUGGUUUUUUGUGGUGUUCUUUUUUCCAAACUUCUGUUAUUCUAUCCAGCCAUAUGAUGUAUUAGGUGUAGAUCCAUCUUAUUCUCCUGAGCAAAUUAAAACAGCUUACAAGAAGUUGGCUAAACAGUGGCAUCCUGAUAAAAAUAAAGACCCAAAUGCAGCUGCUAUGAUGAUGCAGAUCAAUGAAGCUUAUGAAAUUUUAUCUGACCCUGAUCGCAAGCAACAGUAUGAUCAGUAUGGGACCACAGAUUCACAAAAACAAAACUGGAAAAAUUUUCACCAUGAAGUACGCCCUGGACCUGAAGGAUUUUUUUCAUUUAUGUUUGAAGAUCUUCCAUUUGGAACACAUUUUCAUUCACAACGCCGUUCGAAAAGAAACAUGUUAACAAGAUAUAGUUACCAAAAUAUUGUUCUUCCCGACAGUUAUCAUAAACUUUUUUUGAUUGCUGUGUUUGAAGAUAUGUCCUUAGAAUGUAUACAGCUGCAACCAUUAUGGGAAAAAUUAUCAAGUGGUUUAGAGAACAUUGGAAUCGGAACUUAUGAGUUGCAAUUUAGUGACGAUCAACGAUUGGCGCAUGAUUUAGGUGUUAAUUGGUUUCCUGCUUUUGUUGCAGUAAUUGCAGGAAGGGCAAUUAAAUACAAGGACUAUUAUAAAACUGAAAGGGGUAUUAGAGACUUCCUUGCUACACUUUAUCCACAUGACAACAUAGAUUAUAUUAAUUCAGCUGACCGAGAAUGGUAUUUUGAACAGGCUUUUCAAGAAAACAAACCUCAAUGUUUGUUGUUUAGUCAUCAUAUAUUUCCUCCUUUAUUGUAUUUAUCUGUUGCUUAUGAGUAUCGGUCCAAGGUAAAGUUUGCCUAUAUAGAGGCAAAAAAUCAUAUAAAUACACGAUUGCGUGAAAAGUACAAUGUAAAUAAAAAUGAUCCUACUAUUGUUAUGCUAAAGGAAGAUCCUUCUUCUCCUGUUGAAGUAGUUAGGGGAGAUGCCCUGAGACGUGGAAAAUUACGAGAAGUUGUAUCAAGCAAUUUGCAUUUCCAUGUGCCUCGUCUUUCAUCUCAGAAGUAUUUUGAUGAUCUCUGCCCAAAGAAAUAUGCUUCUGAUCGACGGUUAUGUGUUGUGUUGAUGUUUGAGAAAACAUCAAAUUUCAGUGAACCUUUGUUAGCUUUUCGUGAACUGCAAAAGUCAAAAGAGUUGGAUAAAAAAAAAGUUCAGUUUCUUUAUUUAUAUGAAGAUGUUCAAGUUCAGUUUGUCAAACAAUUAAGUGUAAAUAAUCAAACCAAAGUGUUACUUUGUUCUGAUAAUGAGCCAUCAUUGAAGCUUGUAAUACUACAACGUAGUGCUGGAAAGAAUAUUUUUUACAGCUGGUAUACUGGAGGGUUUUGCAUGGACAAAAAAUCUACCAAUGAUUUAAUAUUAUAUAUUAGUGGUUUAAUAAAAGGACAAGAAGAGCUUAAGUAUGAAAUUGAAGAUUUACAACUGAUAGAUGAACAUGCUCAUAGCAUUUUUUGGUGGUUUGUUAAAAAGGUUUAUAGCUAUGUUCAACAUAUCAAUGAUUCCAUGGAUCAUCCUAGCUGGCAAAACACAGCUACCAUUUUAUUUAUCUUAGUAAUUGUUGUUGGAAUAUUGAUUGGUUUUGUUCUUCCGUUUAUAUCCGAUUACGUCAGCACUACACCAGAAGACAAAUACCCACGGCGUAAUUUAGACAAUGAAAAUACUUGCGUAUUGGGUCUUGAAAAACUAUGGCAUAAGACACAAAAAACAUUCAUUAAUGAUGCUCGACCAGGACAGUUUUGUGUGGCAGUGGUACUUGAUGCUUUUUCUGCUGAAGAAGUUGCUUCUUCCCCUAUAGCCCAAGCAUUUGCAGAUGCUAUAUAUAAUUUUACUGGGGAUCCUUCAUACAAGUUUACUUGGAUAACUUUGCAAGAACAAUUAAUAUGGUGUACAGAAAUAAUGCAAAUUAAAAAGUUUGGUGAGUUUCUACCUGGUACUGUUUUGGCUCUUAAUGGUUACCGAAAGUACGCUUAUAUUUUUCGACCAAAUGUUAAACAAAAUAUCGCACAAACAAAUUCUAUGAACUUUAUGGGAUUUGAAAGUAGCGACGAUGAAGCCGAUGGCUAUACGAGUUCAGAAAAAAUAAAAAUAAAACAGGCAGCAGUUUGUGUAAGAAACGAUUUACCACGGUGGCUUGAAAGACUUUUAGAAGGAACUCUCACCCAAAAAAUUAAACUACAAAGCUGGCCUCAAAUGGAAAAAUUUUAGAUUACUUUAUAUACUUAAACCUUUCCUCUGAUUCAGUGUGAAACAAUUUUAGUUUAGUCUUUUUAUUUGUAAUUUAUUUAUUUAUAUUCGUUUUUAAGUGUUUUUGAAA